ACUUCAUUUGACGUUUGUGUUGUCAACUACCAUCAAUCGAAUCGAAUUCGAAUGUGAAUGUGAAAUCGUUUCUCAAUUGUAUUUGCAAGGUGAUGUAAAUUGCAAUAAAAAAUAAUGGAUCUCGCCAAGUCUCUAUUUAGCUCACGCGAUCAUGUGGGUUAUGUAGGGCGUGAAGAACACGAACGUAAAAUCAGUGCAGCGUUAGCAGAUGACGACCCAGAAGAUAUUAUUGACGCCAUUCGGGGCAUGAAUGUCGCUGAUGAACUUCUGCCAGCACCUGGAGGACCGUUUUCAGCACUUACACCAAGUAUGGUGCCUCAAGACAUUAUGGCUAAACUAGCUCAGCCAGAAUCUGAAGGUCACGGAGGUGGGCUCCCCGACUAUAGAUUUGACGAGUUCGGUUUCUGUGUCGACGAGGAAGACGGCCCAGAACAGAGCUCCAACAAAUUACUGGCGAAUGUGUUCGUAGAAGACGAUCAACAUCGGCUCCAAUGGGAAUUUUACAGCAAGGAAAUUAAUUUUUCAGAAAGUGAAAGCAGGUUAGAGAAGACAGAUAAACUGCAAAAAAUGGUGAAAGAUGGCGUCCCUCAUUCGCUACGACCUCAAGUCUGGAUGCAUCUAUGUGGUGCCAACAAAAAACGAGCCACCACAGAAAUUACUUAUCAUGAAAUUGUACGAGCUUCUAGCGAUGAUGGAUUAGUGACCAGCAAACAAAUAGAGAAGGACUUGGUUCAGAUAUUACCCAACAACGUGUGUUUCUCUCAUCCUACCAGUACAGGUGUCCCGCGACUUAGAAGAAUCCUUAGAGCAUUGGCUUGGUUGUAUCCAGAUAUAGGUUAUUGCCAGGGUACAGGUAUGAUAGCAGCAUCACUUCUGUUGCUUAUGGAAGAGGAAGAAGCAUUUUGGAUUAUGUGUACCACAGUGGAAGACCUGUUGCCAGCAUCAUACUACUCUUCCACAUUGAUUGGUAUACAAGCUGAUCAAAGAGUCCUUCGAAGUUUGAUCUCCAACUACCUCCCAGGAAUAGAUCAAGUAUUAAAUGCACAUGACAUUGAGCUCUCUCUUAUUACAAUGCACUGGUUUCUUACUUUGUAUGCCAAUAUUGUCCACAUGAAAAUAUUACUGAGGAUUUGGGAUCUUUUCUUCUUAGAGGGGUCCAUCAUUCUUUUCAAAGCCACCUUAGCGAUGUUGAAAAUAAAAGAAAAUAGAUUUACUGAAAUAUCUAAUUCUGCACAGAUUUUCAACACUUUAUCUGAUAUACCUGGUGAGAUUGAUGAUGUUGAUCUCUUAAUUAAAACUAUAGAUGAAGUUUGUGGUGAUACUUUAAGUCCAGCUUUGAUAGAGACUCACAGGCGAAGACACUUGGCUUAUCUAAUGGCUGAUCAAGGUGCACUUGUUGGAAAUCCAAAUGCAGUACCCAAUCUACCAAAACAGCAGUUACAGAGAAGACAAAUAAAACGUACUAAAUCUGUAAUUCAAACGAUACUGUUUGGAGAUGAUACCAAUAAUGAAGAUGCUGUUUCUAAGAAUGUGAAGCAAACUGAAAUACUUGUUGAUCUCCGGGAGGCUAUAUUGCAAGUGGCUCGUCACUUUCUUGCUCUUGAACCACAAUUAGCAUCUGAUGUGCAACUCACUGCAGACUACACUAUGCAAAGUCAUGCAGCUGACAGAGAAAGGUAUGUAAAUGUGUCAAGAAGCAAAAGGCGCAGAGCCAAAGCUUUACUAGACUUUGAAAGGAGAGAUGGUGAUGAAUUGGGAUUUAGGAAAAAUGAUGUUAUAGAAGUUAUCAGUUCAAGAGAUGAACACUGUUGGAUUGGUGAGUUAAAUGGCCUCAGAGGAUGGUUUCCAGCAAGAUUUGUAAAAUUAUUGGAUGAAAAAGGAGUGAAAUAUAGCAGAGCCGGUGAUGAUUCUGUCACAGAGAAAGCAGCACAUUUAGUCAGAGGAGUCUUAGCUCCUGCUUUUAAAAGGGUCCUAUUGCAUGGCAUAAAAAAACCUAGCUUCUUGGAUGGACCAUGUCAUCCGUGGCUAUUUAUAGAGGAAGCAUCUUCAAGAGAAGUUGAAAAAGACUUCAACUCAGUGUACAGUCGUUUAGUUCUUUGCAAAACAUAUCGCUUAGAUGAAGAUGGCAAAGUACUUACACCUGAAGAAUUGCUUUACAGAUGUGUACAAGCAAUUAACCUAUCCCAUGACAAUGCCCACGCUCAGAUGGAUGUCAAACUACGCACAUUAAUUUGUAUGGGAUUGAAUGAAGAAGCAUUGCAUUUAUGGUUGGAAGUGCUCUGUUCGUGUGUCGAUGUUGUACAGAAAUGGUACCAUCCCUGGUCUUUCAUUAACUCCCCUGGGUGGGUGCAGAUUAAGUGUGAACUGAGAAUACUAUCUCAGUUUGGCUUUAAUUUAAAUCCAGAUUGGGAGCUACCAUUGAAAAAAGACACUCAAAACCAGCCGUUAAAAGAGGGUGUUCGAGAUAUGUUGGUAAAACAUCACUUAUUCUCAUGGGAUCUAUAGGCAGAAUUGUGUUAUAUUCCAAAGAUAUCAUCAUAGAGGUUAAUUAAAAAUAUUAAUAAAUUAUUACCUAUUUAAAAAAUUUUACUUCUUAAUGUUCAAAAUUAAAUUAAAUAGAAAAUUAAGCCUAGUUUGUGUUGCAGCUUUGUACUUAUUUUUUGUUAAAUUAAAUUAAUAUUAUUUUAAUUACUGUAUAUAAUGUUAAGCGGCGAGUUAAACAUAAUAUAAUGAUGUGUUUUGUUUCUGCGAAAUUACAUUCUAAAUGAUUUGUGAAUGUCCUAUUUAUCUUGUAAAUUAUAAAUAAAAUAUAUCACAUGCUUGUUA